AUGACACAAAGAAACGUUCCUCGUUUACACGUAAGUGUCUCUGUAACUCUCCACACCGCAAAUGAGGAUGAAUACAAAAUAUAUACCCUUAUAGCAACCCUCGAAAGUUUCCCGCCACACCAAGAAACCAGCUCUUACAUGAUUUUUCGUUCCAACGACAAAGAUCAUGUACGGGUCAUAUCGGCGAAAAAAUAUGAAUGGAGAAAACUUGGAUCCGUCGGUCUUCGAAGACACAGGUUACAUCACUGA